GGCCGCUCGGUGAUGCUCCUGGCCUCCGUCAACCGAUUCCCUUCUCCAUCCAAGUCGAUCGCCGAUGGAAUUGCUUGGAGUUUGGGUUGUUGUGUUGGUCCAGCUGGUCCACUACAGUUACGCUGCAAACCAAGCCUGCAGCAAUCUCAAAAAGUCAAGAUUCUGUGGCGAUUUCGCAGGUGCCUAUGUUCCUUUUGCAAAUAUCUCCGACUUUGACACCGCCAUCGCCUCCAACAUUGGCCAGGCCUUUGAGACCAACGGCAUCACGACUUUCCAAUGCCCCUCGUUCUCGACGAGCCAGAUCCGAUAUCGUGUCGUCGAGCAAUGUGCUCUAUGGAUCGAUGUCGCUACCAACAACCCAAACAACGCCUCAAUCUGUGCCGAAAACAUCCAGCGACCUCCUUCGAUCAACGUGUGCGUAUCGGCGUUGAACAUAUAUGCCAAUACCCUUGCGGCAGCCUUCAAUCUAUGUCCCCCUUGGAACAGCUCGGCGGGGCCGGAUCCUCGCGCCAAUGAGCUGAGCAAUCUUGGAGUGCUCAUAUCCGACAAGGCCAACUCCAAUCAGUCCAACUGCGUUUCAACCCUCUCAAGCGACAAGUUUUUGUGUGGAUUCGACAACCAGGCCACAGCCACUUCGUACUGCUCGAACUCGACCGAUUCCUGCUGCUCGGCGGUGCUUGAAAAGCGCACCUCGACCGCCGGCGGGACCAGAAAUACCCAGUCUGUCGCCCCGGUUCCCACAUCGACACAGACAGGCAAUGCCGCGGUCUCGACAGACGGACAGCCAAAGAUCCUUGGGCUCAGCACACCCGUGUUUGCCUCCGUUGUUGGUGGAGGAGCGCUGCUUCUGAUCGCUCUUGUUAUCGGUGCGUUCUGUUGCCUCCGCCGUCGUCCAAACAGAACCGAGAACGGGAUGGUGCACCAUCGAGAUGCCAUGGCAAAGGCAUAUGAGCACUUUGAACCCACCAUGGACGAUGAAAUCGAUCUUGAGCCUGGCGAUGAUGUUCUCAUCAAGGUGCGACACGAUGACGGCUGGGCUUUCGGAUGCAAUCUCACCACGAACAAAGAGGGCGUUUUCCCGCUGGCAUGCAUCGACUCGGAGCUCGGGUCUAGUUCCGGAGGGAAGCAGCAGAGGACAAAGAAGAAGCAGAAGCAGAAGCAGAAGCAGAAGCAGAAGCAGAAGAUCCAGCCGCGAACAACAUCUUUCUAUCAUCGCUGACCAAAUCUUGACCUGUUCGACGCUAUGGACCUCUGAAGGACCUUCUAUGCCCCCAGGACGACUGAUGCCAUCCCGGUUGGCGUGCAAGCACAUGUCGAUUUCGGCCCGUCAGCCAUAUGCGAUUCUAUGGUGAAAUAUAUUACUCUCUGACUAUCCAGCUCAAAGUUAUCCCUCUAUUGGAAUGCCAUCUCGUCCGAAUGGUAUCGGCCCGAUCAUCGGAUGCUGCUCUCCGACGGCUCGAUCAUGCAGCUGAGGCGAUUGGCAGUGGUUCACUUGCAGCUACGAUGCGCUGAAAGGAUAUGUGUACCGUCUGAACAAUAGCGAUCGCCACUGCGCUCAGCAAGACCCACCUCGACCUCGUAU